AUGAGUGGCAAGCACAAGACAGAGCAGGGCUUCGCUCAGGACCUUGAGCAGCAAGGCCCCCCCCACCACGGCCACCGCUCGGAAUACGUGACUGGCGAGUUCGUCGAGAGUGGUGCGCCAUUCGUGAUGCAGGAGGUAGUUGCGAAUUCGGGUGCGGUGGUCUCCAACCUACGCCAGCAGGAGUUGGCGAACGCGCGGGCCAAGCCGCACGGCGAACACGUCAACGAGCGGGACUACGACGACCUGAUGUCGGCCUCGAUGGUGGUCAAGCCUAAGCCACUGCACCAGAACCCGCAGACCCCCACGGUCCUUCCGUCGAACUACCAACCGAUCAACGCCUGGUCCCAGUUCAAGGCGACGUAUCUGCGUGAAUUCUUUGCGGAGUUCUUGGGAACCAUGGUUUUGGUGUUUUUCGGCGACUCGGUAGUGGUCCAGACCCGUAUGUCUUCCACUGCCCGUGUCACAGCAUUCCUCGGGCAGCUUGAAUCGAACGGGUUAAGUGGCAGCCCAGUUGAGUACAUGCGCCACUUGGUGACACCUGACGUUGCUGGAAGCUCGAUAUCUGUCAAUCUCUGCUGGGCGUCCGGUGUCGUUAUGGGUUAUUACGCAGCUGGUGGCCCAGCUAUUACCGGUGCUCACAUGAACCCCGCAGUGACGCUAGCCAACUACUGUUUCAGAGGCCUUCCAGCCGUGAAGGUUCUUAUCUACUGGGCAGCUCAGAUGCUAGGUGGUUACAUGGGUGGCUUGACCGUUUUCUGGUAUUACGCAAGAGUGAUUAAAACAACCUUCCCCGACUGGAAAACCAACGAAAGUGUAAUCGGCUGCUUCUCUACGGUCCCAUUGCCCUACUUGGACAGCAACAGGCAGUUCAUCAGUGAGUUUGUCAUCGGUGCUCUCUUGAUCGGCCUAAUAUUUGCUCUGACGGACCCUUACACAUGUCUGACCACGGACUUUUUCCCGAUUAUGUUGUUCCUCUUGAUCUUCUCUCUAUUAGCCUGUGGCUCUUACCAGACUGGUGCUAUUUUGAACCCUGCCCGUGAUAUCGGUCCUCGCUUGGCCAUGUGGACUGUCGGCUUCAGCAGAAAGGCACUAUGGGAGGACCAUCACCACUACUUUUGGGUGGCCCUCGUCGGCCCAUGCGUCGGUGGCUUAGUGGGCGCCUUGAUCUACGACUUGCUAAUAUUCCAGGGCCACGAAUCCCCUGUGAACCAGCCUGCCGCUCACGUACUCAAGAGACUCAAGACCAGAUUCACCUCAUUCGGCAGGAAGACCGCUUCCACAGGCGAGUACACCUUCUCGGACAAGGAACUGACUGAUGUGAGCAGCAACAAUGCCUCGGGCAAGAACAUCAAUUUCAGAUCGGUAACUCGCGGUGAGUCUACGAACGGCGUUCCGACCAUCUACAGCCAAUCGAACGAUCCUAAAAAGUAA